AUGAUCGCGUGGGACGUGCCUCUCCACGUCGCGUCUCCUCAACAUCCGAGGUCGAAAUCUGACCUUUGCACAACUUCCAGCUUUCGCAACAUCAAUAGCAUAACUUGCAAGAAGGUCCUGAUUGAACAAGAGCAGGAUGUCUUUCUCGUUCGGAGGCUCACCGCUCCCAUCCCAAUCCCCCUUCCUCUAUUCACACCUCCGUCACAUCCUGCUAAAUUCGUCGCGUACCCAGCCGCAGCACCAACCACAUCUCCCGGCUCAUCGCCAUCGCCCUUUGGUACACCAACACCUGGGACGGCCUCUUCCACAGCCAAACCAUUCUUAUUUGGUCGUUCUCCAGCCCUUUCGGUACCCUCCCCAUCAGAUAAUAACGGAACCGGCCCGUCAACAGUCUUUGGCAGAACUACGACAACUCCUUCCCCGUCUCCAUUCUCGGAUUCCCGAGCCCAGCUAUCAGCGGCGUGUGCAACACCUGGGCCCUCACCUACAACCGAACCAAGCUCUCCAGACUCGUCCGCUUCCUUCUCCGAUCCUACGAAGAGCAUGACCUCCAAGCCGGCCCAGUCUCGAAGUCCACAAUCGGCCAAUCCUUUUACCUUUCAAACUGGCACGGCCAAGCUCCUCGUAACCCACAAAAAAGAAAAGCUGGUGGGCUCGGUCUCUGCAGAUGCUCUUGUGCUCGCCAGUCCGGUAUGGAAAAGAUUUCUGUUUCCGCUGUGGGACAGCCAACCUGCAACCAAAGGCGAGAUUAAGGAGAAGCAGAUUGACUGCAGUGAGGAUGACGGUGAAGCUUUACUGGUGCUACUCGACAUCGUACAUCUCAACUUCGAUGCCGUACCCUCAAGCAUGGAAUACUCUACACUCCUUCAGGUUGCUUUACUGGUUCAUCAGUACCAAUGUAUCAAGAUCGUGCGUCCGUGGCUGGAGUCGUGGAUGAAGAAUGAACGAACCCAAAGUUUGGAGCCGAACCAGGAAGGCUGGUUGUUUAUUGCGUGGGUCUUUGGACGUGAAAAGACAUUCGAACUGCUUGCCAAGCAUAUGGUUCUCAAUUCGAAUGUUACCCCUACGUCUCUGACCGGAAUCCCACCUCCACAGAAUCUACUUCCGCCCAACGGAAAGCCCGUUGCUAGCCACAUGCCUCCAGCUAUCGUUGAGCGCAUUCUCUGGUAUAGGAAUAAGCUUCUCAAUGACUUGCUCGAAAUCCCAUAUUUUUGGCUUUCCAGUCUGGAGCAGGCCAUGCGAUCAUCUUCUCAUAUAUGUACCGUGACCUCUCAGAGCAACGUGUGCGAUGCUGCAGUCUAUGGCUCACUUCUCCGUGGUCUUUUGGAUGCCUCGCUGUAUCCGCAAAGGACCCCGGCUAGUAUCACCGAUAGUGUGAAGUCUGUUGCCGAGUCGAUAAGUCGAAUCAAACUUCUUCACAUCAAGCCCGAGAUUCCUUCAGCAACCCUUGCAGUCCAAAGAAGAGGAGAGUCCACAUCACAACAAGUCCCAGUGAUGGCGACCCCGCCAGGGACUCUUUUUGGAUCACAAUCAAACCGCGCAUCUAGCAUUCUGCCCAUGCACAGCGCGAAUUCUCCAGGAGUGUUACCGGCAGCUGCAGUUCAGAAUACAGCAGCGGCGAUUCAAGAUCAUGCUGUCUGUGCUAAUCGUCUCUCUGGACCUGUUGCAAUGGUUCUGGCUGCAGCCCCGAACCCGGUCCUUGACUCGCAUCGUUUCCAUAUGCGACUGCAAAGAGGGGAAACUCUGGAAUAG